AUGUCCUCUCAACCUCUCCUCUCUACCGCCUCAGGCAAACGCAUUGCCCUCCCGACCCGUGUCGAGCCUAAAGUCUUCUUCGCGAACGAGCGGACUUUUCUGAGCUGGCUCAAUUUCACAGUCAUCCUUGGUGGCCUAGCCAUUGGUCUCUUGAAUUUCGGUGAUAACAUUGGACGAAUCUGUGCGGGGUUGUUCACACUGGUGGCCAUGGGUGCCAUGGUCUACGCCUUGGUAACAUUUCAUUGGAGGGCAAAAAGUAUACGACUGAGAGGGCAAGGUGGCUUCGACGAUAGAUAUGGACCUACUGUGCUGGCUGUUGCGCUGGGAGUGGCGGUGAUAGUGAACUUUGUACUGAGAAUUACGGAGACAUGA